UUAAAUCUAAUAAUUAACAGAACUGAAAGACUCUCACUUUCCUUCGUUAGAUACUCUCUCCUGCGGAGAUGACUAGCGGUUUCGCGCUGUCGCCGGCGAUUAUCGCCGCCGUUCGUCCUCCGGCAUCGCAAGUCCGUCUCUUUACUGAUUCUGUUAACGGACGCAAAACCAUCAAAGCUUCUUCUUCUUCUUCUUCUUCUACUUCAUUAUCUGCUUCUUCUUACGGUCGAAGCAAAUGCGCCUUCUUCUCAAUCUCGCGGAAGAAUCCAAGAUCGAAGAAGAUUCGCUGCGAUGUUUCCGUGAAAUCGGAAGCUGAUCUCACGUCGUUGGAGACGGAGGAAGACGAGAAGGCGAAGGAGAAGAUCGGGGCUAGGGUUAGGGUUACGGCGCCGUUGAAGGUGUACCACGUGGUUCGAGUUCCGGAGGUGGAGCUGAUGGGAAUGGAAGGUUCGAUCAAAGACUACGUCGUUUUGUGGAAAGGGAAGAGGAUCUCGGCUAAUCUGCCGUUUAAGGUGCAGUUCGUGAAAGAGAUCGAAGGCCGUGGUCCUGUUAAGUUCUUCGCGCAUCUCAAGGAGGACGAGUUCGAGUUGAUUGAUGAGUGAUCGAUUAAAAGGGGAAAAGCUUUCGUCUUGAUGCUAAAAGAGAACAAACUUUGUUGUGAAUGGGGUUUUGUAUGUACUUUUGUGUAUACAGUUUAGCAUAUUAUAUUACAUAACAUUUCACCAA